AUGAAGUAGGUGUCACUGUAGGAAUCAACAAGAGCUAAAUAAAUAAUAGUUGUUAUAUAUAAUCCAGCUAUUUUCCAUUUUCCAUGAGCGAUUUCCAAUGGAAUUCCAAGAAAUAUUCUUAUGAAAACAAUUGGUAUAUAAAGUAUCAAACAAAUUUUCAAUAAGUUUUUCCGUUCUUGAUUCAUUGUUUCCAUAAUAAUAGUAAUUACAUAGAGCAAAUAAACCUGAAAUUAUUUAGAAUUCAUUUAAAAUCUUGUAUUCAACCUGCAGCAAAAUUGUAAUAAUCAUUAAAAACGGUAUAGAAUUAGCUGCUCUUGGCCUUUGCUCCUUGGUAAGCAUUAAAUAAGAAUAAUACUUUAAUUGUGUCCAUUUUGGAGGAAUAUCUUCAGGCCGAACACGUCGAAAUGGAUCGAAAUCCGACAUUCGAUAAAUGUCUAUGUAGAAAAUAAAUUGGGAAUUGCAAACAUUAAAUAAAUAAACAGUUGUUAUAAAGAGACCAUUUUUUCUUCAGAAUUGGACAUCGUUUCGAGACUUUGGCACCAAAACGAAUUUUAUAUUGGACGACGAUUUUUGGCGCGCAAGCAAAGUCACAACAAUUGGCUGAUUGUACGGGAUUGACUGUGAGUUUUGGGAUUGAUAUUUUUUGGGAAAAUGGUGUAAAUAUUGUGAAUCUGAAAACUCUAAAUUUCAAAACCAGGAAAAAGAAUUCAAAAUUUUCAUUCAUAAAUAUCAAAGUUCCAAUCCAAAUGGCUGAAUUCCUGUGGUGCAAAAUUGAAAAGAACUUCCGAUUGAAAUCAAUAAUCCAUGUAAACUUACAAGUAUUCUACAAUUUCACAAUAUUCAUGAAUUAAAAUACAGCUAAAAUUCUUUUUAUAGUAAAAUAGAUCUUCGAUGUGGUUCCAUAUUUUUUUGUUUGAAAAAUUAUCACGUGAAAUAAUUAGGUCAAAUCAUGAAUUUCGAAAAUAAUUUAUCAAAUAAAAAUAACGUAAACGUGACCUAGUUUAAUCCACGUUUUUCUCACAAACAAGAAAACAAUUGGGAACCCCAUUUAUUAUUUUUUGGGAUAUGAGAACACCCCGUUAAAUAUUUGUUCAAAAAUUGGAAAAUACCUUCCGGUUUUAUAUUUUUGUUUGAUUACACUAACCUAGCUUACAAGGCCAUCUUACCUGGCCUAAUCUUAAAAGGGAGAGGCGGUAACUACGGUUGUUAGCCCCCAAUUUGUCAGUUUCGACAAAAAGGGGUUACACCUUCUCGCCAUCGGUGAGGCCAACCUUUUGAGAAGGCCCCCUCCCUUUCCCAUGUGAAAGAUCCUCGGAGGAGAUUCGGGCCUUUUUGGCAAAUCCCGAAUCUUUCGAUCUGUUAUGAAAAAUCUGAAACCCGUUCCCGGACCGAAGGCUUAAUUUCUCGUCGAUCGUCGAUUUCCUCCAUCAUAUUCCUCUAGUUCACCUAGCAACUGUACACAAACAAUUACCCCAGACACCUAAGAAAUUUAGUAGAAAAUUUGGGAAUAAAGUUUGAAUAUAUAUCGAGAUAUAUAUUCAAAGUUUACCCCAAAUGACAAUCCUGCCACAUCAGACGACAAUACGUCCGGUAGCGCUAUCGGUUUCUGAUUUUUUCUAUUGAGUUAAACUAAAAAAAGGUGUAAGUAAGAUUUUUUUUUUGAAUUUAUGAUAAAUAAAAAAUAGUGAAAAUAUGAAUAAUAGAGUUAAGUACGAGUGUUGAAAAAGAAACGCAAAGUCGCCUGAUGUUUCGGAUCGUGGUGGAUAGAUUUAAAGGAAUUGACAAGAGCAUGUGUAAAAGUUGCUUCCCAGCAACUCUGUCUCAAGCAACCCAUAAUUUAGCACAACCCCGAAGGAUUAUGAAGUAUCUGAGAAGUUUGUGUACAGCGCCCCGUUUCCGGGCCUCACGUAAAAUACGAUCCUAGGCUGGUUUAUCCCAGAGGUCCGUUUUGUUUCGAUUGUCAUGCCAGCCAGAAGCCCCCGGUCCACCUGAAAAGAAACCUCCCAAAAAAAUUAAACUGACCUCACCUUCUCCUCCUCCUCGUCGUCGUCGAUGGUCGAUGAAUCCAGCAAUAUCUCCUGAGGUAACCUGGCAGACUGGAUCCCCAGACACGAAGUUACUUAUUUUUGAAAUUGUUUUUUUUUCGAAUUUACUUACUUACUUACUUACUUAACCUAACACCGGACAUUAAUACGCCCGAUAGCGCUACCGUAAUUUUUUUUGAUUUAUGUUUUAGUUGAGUUAUUUUUUUAUGAUAAUUUUUUGAAAAGGUUAAAUUCAAAAGAACGUAUAAUGCCGGUGAUUGUUUCGUGCCUGGGAAUUUUAAACCAAUCGCCCCUUGCGCGGGCCUCCAGUAAAACUUAUCCUCGGCUGGUUACCGGGAGUUCCCUCUCGCAUUGUCAUAACAUUCCCGCAUUUGUUGAUUUCCGCCAUUUGCCACACGAUUGUUGUCGAAUACUGACAGUUUUCUGAACUAAUCUUCUUUUUUUCGAGAUUCACGUCGAAGAUAACAAUUAAAGGUCACGUUAUUUUAUAAUUUCAGCCAAAAUUGAUCAUUUCUUGUAUUUUUUCUUUGAAAGAAAACGUGUAUUUCUUCAACAAAUUCACAAAUGUUUUGCUUAGUUUUUUCUUUUUUUUUUAAUUACACGGUUAAUAAUUAGUGUGAAAUAUGUCUCAAGCAUCGAAUCUAAGUAGAUGUAUGAAAAAUUCUUCGGGGAAUGAUCACACAUUUCCUUUGUGAAUAAAUAGAAGGAUUUCUCGAAUAGUUACCAAAUCAUUUUUAUACUUUGGCCACAAUUUUUAGCUUGCCUGGCCAAAACCUAUUCCAUCUACCCAAUCUGAUAAAUUCUAAUAAUGUUUACAGGAUCGAUGUGUCAUUGAUUUCAAUCGCGAUCAAAUCAAUGCUUCCGAUGCUGUUGUUUUCCACGGUGCUGAUAUUCAUAGUUCUCCACUUCCUGAUCAAAAUACCCGUCGCCCACAGCAAAUCUACGUUUUCCACACAAUGGAAACACCAAAAAACUCCCGCAAGAACAAUGUUUUCAUCCCACCCAAUUUCUUCAAUUGGUCCCUGACUUUCCUCCAAGAAUCUGAUGCCAUUUCAAAAUAUGGUUCAUUUUUCAUUUCGAGCCAAAAAGCUGAAAGUCGCGGAUUCAAAAUUCAAAGUUAUUAUGUGCAACCGAAACGAAUUACGAAGAAAUCGAGAAAUGGAAUAUUUGGAUUGAUUUCGAAUUGUUAUACAGAUUCAAAAAGAGAAUUAGCAUUUGAGGAAUUGGCCAAAUAUAUUAAUGUGACAAUUGGUGGAAAAUGUGGAAAAACUGCAGAAUUACGAGAUAUUUGCCCAAUGGGAAGCUUUUGUUUGGAUAUUUUUGAACAGUAUCCAUUUUAUAUUGCUGUCGAGAAUACGGUAGGUGUUUGGUUAGAGGGUAAAUUUGUUCUCGAAAAAUGCUUUUUUUAUUAUAGGUUUGCAACGAUUACAUCACUGAAAAAUUCUGGAAUCGUAUUUCAGUUCCAAGUAUUCCAAUUGUAAUGCGGCGAAAAAACUUAUGAAUCGUAAGUUUUUUACGGGAUUUUCAGAAGUGGAAAAUCCUGAAACUUAUGUUUUUUUAAUUUUUCAAUUGUUAUCAUCAACUCCAAUUUUAUUGCACUUAUUAAAUUUUUUAUGAGUCAUAAAAAUCUAGAAAUUUUUAGAUCACAUUGCUGUUUCAGAAAAGGUUAAAGACUUUUUAACUUAAAGUUUCAAUAUUAUUUUUAAGUUGCAGAUAGGAAUAUUGUUAGACAUUUCAAUAUUAAAAGAAAUUUGAUGUGGAUUUUUCUCAGAAAAAUCUAUGUGAUCAUAACAUUAGAAGAGCAGAACUAAUUGUAAAUUUUUUGCUGUUUCAAAAAAUGUUGAGAAGAAUAUUUUUAGAUACAUUGAAAAACAAAAAAAUAGCUUCAAAUUGGUAAAUUAAUUCAAAACUUUGAAAUCUUUAAAAAAAAAUUCCACGUUGAUUUUCUGAAAAAAAUUAAUUUUGAAGUGAAAAAAUGUGUCCAAGACUCGAAUUAAAGGUAUUUUUGCUGUUUCAAUUUCCCCCGAAAACUCUACAAAUAUCCCAUUUUCCAGAACAUUCCCACCAAAAUCGUUUAUCGCAAUGGAUGACUACAAAAAUCCGCAUGAAAUGGCGAAUCAUUUGAGAGCUCUCGAAUCCAAUAGUACUGCAUAUUUGGAAUAUUUUGCUUGGCGCCAAUUUGGAACUUGGACAACUGCACCUUGGAAUGCGCCUGGAUAUCGAAAUGGAAUUUGUCGAGUUUGUGAAUUGUUGUGGAAACAAAGUGAUAAAAAUGCGACGGACGAUUUGAUUCCGGAAAAAGCGGUAAGGGUUUUUGAAUCUUAAAAUGAAUAUUAGUGGAAAAUUUGUAACUUAACAGAGGCUGAGCAAAUAUCCAUGGAAAUCUAAUUGCAUAAGUUUGUUCGUUUACUGAGACUCAAAUAUUUAUGUCAAAUAAUCAAUUUUCAAAAAACCAUUUCCAUAGGAUUACUCAUGAUAAAACUUGAAAUUAUUUCAAAAAUUUCGGAAUUUUGGGUCUAAAAAUGAAAAUCACAAAAUAUGGAGUCAAAGUUCAAAUAUUCACCGUUUUCCAGAUUCCUGAUGUUUGGAAAUGGUAUGAAGAGAAAGCACAAUGUGAAAAUGAUGAAUUUGUACAAAAAUGGAUAUCUUCUUGA